GUCUCUGUUAUCCAUAUUGAUAGUAUCUUCCGUGCAGCCCAUCUUAUCCCUGUUUAUGGCACAAGUUUGUUGCCUCAUGAAAUCACUGCCCACCAUUCCUACAAUAUAUUCUGUGCUUACUAUGUUAAUAAGUACACUGAUAAUCAUGCAUUUGAAAUAGCAUGA